AUGGGGAGCUCCCAGGUCCCCAAAAUCUCAACAAGCUACGCCAUGGAGCCGGCAGACAAGUUUCCGCUUACAGACGAGUGCAAGCACUACGAGGGCAAACACCAAGUACCAUGGGACAUUCAAAAAUACUUUGCACAGCGCUACUCCAUCUUCUCGUGGUACGAUGAAGGUGUAUACAUGACAGACGAUGCCUGGUUCGGCGUCACCCCCGAACCAGUAGCAAACCAAAUCGCGCGUGAAAUGACCACCAUAGAUUCCUCCAAAGACACCCUCAUAGAUGUAUUCGCCGGCGCGGGCGGCAACACCAUCGCCUUUGCGCUCACCAAGCGCUGGAAACGCAUCAUCGCCAUUGAGCGCGACACCUCAACGCUCGCGUGUGCCCAGAACAACGCCGAGCUGUACGAGGUAGAUCCCUCGGUGAUUACGUGGAUUCACGCCGACAGCUUCGAGUACCUGGACAUUUUGCACAACCGGCCGGAGGAGCUGCACCCAGACCUGAGGAUCGACGUGAGCAGCACGGUGUUGUUUGCGAGCCCGCCGUGGGGGGGACCCGGGUACAGGACAGAUGAGGUGUUUGACUUGACCAACAUGCAGCCGUAUAACUUGGAUAAGUUGCAUUCGUCGUAUAGGAGGAUGGAUCACGUGUUGUAUCUGCCGCGGACGAGCGACAUUCGGCAGGUUGCUGAGUUGGCGCCGGGGGAGAGGAAGGUGGAUGUUGUGCAGUAUUGUAUGGAGGGGGCGAGUAAGGCUAUGGUGGCGUUUAUACCUGGAUGCGGUUCAGAGGGGUCGUGA